AUGUCCGAUUUACACAAGGCGCUUUUGCUGAGAGUAAAGAAAAGAGAAACUGAACUUGGACUUCUGCUGUUGGAUGAAGAGCCUGUGAGUGAUGAUCCAAAAACUAAAGUCAAAGAAGACACCAGUCAAAUUGAUGAGGAGAUAGUGGAGGAGUACGAACAAUUCAAAUCUGAUUUCUUUGUCAACGAGGAUUAUACUCAUGGACUGUCAACAUUCAACACCUAUUUUAUGAAGUCUAAGAAACCGGGGCCAGUGUUGGUCUGUGGCCAUGGUGCCGGCUCAUCAUCAAUGACAUUUGCCGAAUUGUGCCGGAAUAUCACCGAUGAAACCAUUAGUGUGUUUUUAUACGAUAUGAGGGGUCAUGGUGGUUCACACGGGGAGCUUGAUUUCUCACUAGAUACACUCGUUGAGGAUUUCCAUUUCGUUUUGGAGGAGUUUGUAUCAAGACAUAAUCCACAGGGCAUAUUUUUGUUGGGACAUUCAUUGGGAGGGGCAAUUUUUGCAAAAUAUGUGCACAAUCACCCACAAGAACUCGUGAAAGGUUUGAUACUUUUGGAUAUCGUUGAGGAAACCGCCGUCACUUCUUUAACCGUCAUGCCAUUUUUUCUUGAAAAAUUACCCAAGUCAUUUCCGUCACUAUCAAAAGCUAUUGAUUGGCAUAUGAAUUUCCUCCUUUUUAAUGAGAAAUCGGCUAGAUUGAGCUUGCCGGAUAUAUUCAAUUUGAAUACAAUGACAUGGAAAACGGAUUUGAAGCAGACAGAGCCCUAUUGGAACACCUGGUUCAAUGGCUUGUCCAAUAAUUUCGUAAACUUUCCCAAGGCUAAACUUUUAAUAUUAGCGGCUCAUGAAACGUUAGAUAAGGAGCUUAUUAUAGGCCAAAUGCAAGGAAAGUACGAGUUAGUCGUGUUCAACAAUAGUCAAAAAAGUGGUCAUUUUGUGCAUGAGGAUUUGCCAAAACAUGUUGCUAUUCGUGUGGAAGAGUUUGUGUGCAAGGUGUUUGCCCCUGAAAGGUAUAUAAAAGAUCAUCUAGGGGUUACUCCAAGAUGGGGAGGUAAAGUUACAUAA